AUGCUACCUCUCUUUUUCUGUGCCAAUGUAUUCUAUUCAUACCAACAAAAUGAUGUCAACGGGCUUACGUUCAAUAUUCGAACUCGGUCCUUGAAUGGUGCUUUGUACUGGAUCGCACAGAUGCUGGGUGGUCUUCUCAUCGGUGUUUUGCUUGAUCUCCCAUUCCUCACAAGACCGGCAAGAGCAAAGUUUGGCUGGGUCGUCCUCUUCUCAACAGGCAUGGCUAUCUGGGGAGGUGGCUACGCCUUUCAGAAAUGGCAAGAUCGUCGUGUCGCCAACGGCCACAAGCAAGAUUUAGAUUACACAGACGGAUCUCUGUCCACUGGCCCGAUCUUCCUUUACAUCUUCUACGGAGCUUAUGAUGCGCUGUGGCAAGGCUUCUGCUAUUGGCUGAUUGGCACUGAGUCCAAUUCUACUGCCAGAGCAGCUGUUCUUGUUGGCGCGUAUAAGACGUUCCAAGCUACUGGUGGAGCUAUGGCAUGGAGAAUCAAUGCUCUACAUACCGCACCUAUGACACAGCUGGGUAUGAAUUGGGGCCUAUCAAUGGGAUCACUGGCAAUUGUUUUGCCUACCGUUUGGACUGUGACGAAGACGACUGCUGCCCCAGGAGCUGCGGUUGAAGAAGGUACUGAGAAAGACUUUAAGGAAUAG